AAUAAAAUAGCAUUAAUUGUAGCAAGAAAUAGUAUUAACGCAAAACGCCUUAUAUUUAUGAGGAUAACAAGAGUAGUAGCAAUAAUAACGAUUUUUUAUUAGUAGCAAUAAUAACAAGCUUAAUGAGACUAAUAACAGCGAGGAAGCUAGGACGGCGAUUCGAAUGAUAAGCAUUGAUGAUAGUAAGAGCAUUUGAGAUAGCAGCAUUUUUAUUAUUUUGCAACAGAUUACAUGACAACAAGGCACGAAAAUGUGAGGCUGUUGUUUGAGCCGACACGAAUGAUCUCCCCUUAAUCGGUUUCAGUCUCGCCGUUGGUGACGUCAUUCUAUCAAAAUGGCGGAUACAGUCGGCUUGCUGAAACGGGAACAUGCAGAUUCAGAUCGAGGAAGUUCUGACACAGCUGACGAUGGACCAGUAGAGGAUGACAGAAGAUCACACACUUUAGACAGCCGCUUAUUAAUUGGACAUUUCUACGAACCAAAUGCAAACAGUCUAGCUUACUCUGAUUUGAGUGGGACUGGAGACACACAGUCCAUUGACACCACGAAUACAAACCUCUCUACAAGCACUUCAAGUUCGAGUCCAAAUCACUGUCGUUUAGAUGGAUCAAAUAUAAGUGCAAGGAAUAGAUAUUUAGCAGGUAAUGGAUCGGGAGCUCAGCCAAUGGUAGACGAGUUUUCUAGAAGCUGUAAUAACGACACCAGUGAUCUUGAUGGCAGCUAUGUAAAGAGGGUCGGUAGACUGCCAGGCCAACCGUUCCCCACUGGACCAUCUUGGUGGAUUGGAUAUCCGAGUACUGUAAGGAAGGAAAAGGAGAGAGAAAGAGAAGAACGGGUUAGAGUUGCACGAGAGAAGUUAGCUGAUGAACGGAAAAAGAAGAUAGAAGAGUUGAAAGAACAACAGCGGUUGGCACAAGAGCAUCGGGAAAGACAGCAAGAAUUAAGGCGUCGGAAAAUUGAUGAGCUACGUCGCAGAGAGGAAGAGAGAAGAGCUGCCGUGGAAGAACGCCGUCGCAAACAGGAAGAAGACCAGAGAGUCCGAAGAGAAGCCAUUUUGCAAAGAGCCCAAGAACGAGUUGCCCGUUACGAACAGUGGAAACAAUCAGGCCGACAUAGAGGUGGGCGCAUUUAUGGCUUUGGUAGCCGUACACCACGUGAAAUCUGUUUGCCUUUAGACCGCAAGAGAUCAUCUUCUCAUAGUACGCUUCUGCGAUGCUCAGCCAAUGAUUCUGACUCGGAUACCUAUGUCCGACCACAGCGUCGUGCAGUCUCUGCCUGCAGUAUGGUCAGACGGCACUGUUGUGUUGAUGUUAAAUCAUCUGAAGGCAGUUCUGAUAAUGCACCGACAGGUCAGGGUUCUUAUCCAGCAAGUGUUCCACCAUCAAAACAUCUGUCUGUAUCAACCAGUGCUCUUUAUUACAAACGAAGCCCUGAGUUUUCCUCUUCAGGAACCCUAAACUCAAGCAACCGGCCAGAAUCACUUCUUGCCCUCAACACCAUCCCCGAAAAACGUCGCUCUUUUCUAGCUACAGUUACACCUCACCGGACCAAAAGUACCACAGGAUUGCACAUGUCCUCACCAUCAGCAUCUGCUCCAGUCAAGCCACGAGAAAUGCGAACCCCUCGAAAACCUCGCCCAGCCAGUCUAGCCGGGACGCUGCCUGGGUUUGUUCCCUUGGAAGUACCCAAAGCCAGCACACCAAGGAGUAAGAGUUCAGAAAGAAUCUCCAAAGAUAAACUUCGGAAUCGAUCUUCUACAAUUGACUCUGCAAAGUCUGACAAGUCUGUUAGCUCAACCGCAUCUACUCAGUCGAAAAAUAGUAGGAAGGCCAUUUUCGAUCGAUUGUCUACACCCAAGAAACCUACAGACACACCCCCCAAAUCAACUGAGAAGAAAUCCUCAGCCCCUAAUUCAGGAACUACAACUCCUACUCCAAGAAAGCCCAAAUCUACCAAAGACAAAGGGCCACGUGAGUCCCCUAAUCGUGAAGGUACUCCAACUCCAUCAGCUCCUGAAGACCAAAUGACACGCUCAACCCAAGAUAUUACUGAAGAGGAGUAUAAGAUUAAACUUGCUGAGAAACGGCGCCAGGCAAGAGAAAAGGCUGAAAGGGAAGCAGAGUUAGAGCGGCAAAGACAAGAGGAACUCAGGCGUCAAGAAGAGGAGAGAAUUCGUUUAGAGGAGGAGGAGCAGCGUCGUAUGGAAGAAGAAUCCAUACGCCUUGCAGCCGAAGGUAGGUUGGCUGAGGAAGAAAGGCUUCGUAAGGCCAUCGAAGCUGAAGAGCAACGCAAGAAGGAAGAAGCUGAUCGGUUGGAAUUAGAAAGAAAGCAGAAAGAAGAAGCUGAGAGGAAAGCCAAGGAAGAGGCUGAACGCCUCGAAAAGGAGCGUGUAGAAAGAGCCAAGAAGGAAGAAGAAGAAAGGCUAGCCAGAAAGAAGCGCCUUGAGAUGAUAAUGAAACGGGUGAAAACUGAACCAAAUGUAGUUGAUACAGUAAAAGUUGAAUCCUCAACAAAAUCUGCUCAGAGUUCCCCAAGCCGAAGCAGCAACUCAUCAACCGAACUUUCACCUGAUGAGCGCCAAGAGGAAGCUUCUACAACUCUCGUUGCAAACGACAUGAAGAAGGCUUCGUCUCAAGAGGACAUUGAAAUGAGUGGAUGACAAACGCGUUCAGAUGAUUCCGGUGGGGAAUCCAGUGCAAAAUUCAAGUCACCAAUUCUGCAGAAUAUCCUUGGUAAAAGCAAGACAAACCUAGGCAACAGGUUAUUAAAGACAGAUUCAUCAGAGAAGCUGGCUUCCAGCCAAGAGAGCUUGGAUCAACCCUUUGCUGAAGACAGCACAUCUUCGAAGGACAUUAGCAGACAGAAGAAUGAUGUUGAUACGAAUGCAGAGGUCAACCUAGCCGAAAACAGCCUCGUGGACAAAGAUAAAUCUCAGAAUAAUAGAUUAUCCGUUUCUUUUGAUCAGUCUGUUGGUAUGGACGACUCAGGUUUCGCUGAUUCGAACGGCAGUACAAAGACACCGCAGAUAGUAGACGUGAACGGAACUGGUAGAUCUGUGGAACUGAGCAGUGAGUCUGCCAUUGGUAGUUUAGUUGACAAUAACUUGGAUAAUAAAGACAAAGUGGAGUUAACUACAAUAUCUGGCGAAAGUUCUUGAUUUAAAUGUCUAAAAAUAUCAACAUAAAAGAAUUGCAUUACGUUAACAACACACUCGGAAAUGUAUUUCUUUAAAUAUGAACAAAAGGGUGGAACACUGAUUCCGAAUUCCUCUGAAAUAAAAUUUUUAAUGUUGACAGUAA